UGUCUAUAUACAUGUUGGCAUGUUAUUUGGAAUAAGCUUCUAUAUCAAGGAUGAGGAAAAAAGAUAUUUGCUGAAGAGGGAAAUACAAUGCACAGAUAGGAUUGACCCAUGGCUUUGUUUUCAAAUUAUAUUUUGGAAAUGACAGUGUAGAUGCAAAUUAUCAAUUUACCAGAACUGGGAUUUCUACUCAUUAUUCUAACAAAGACAUUUUAAUCAUUUUGUAGGCAAAAGAUGUUAUGGACCAAUAGACAUGACAUUCUACUCUGCCGAGAAAUCCUGGUGAAAGAACCAUACAAGUUCAAGCAUGGAUCCAGGGAAAAAGGUCAUUGCUGGAACACCAUAGCUGAUAAUUUAAAAAGCAUGGGGGGAGAAAAAUUUAUUGUUGACCAAAGAUCAGUGCGAGAUCGAUUUUCAAAGCUGGAAAAGCAUCAUAAGAGAAAAAUGGCAGAAGAGGAAAAAGCAUCUGGUAUUAGUCCUGAAUUUACAGAACUUGAUGAAGCAUUGGAAGACAUUGUAGAAAGAACACAGGAAGUGCAAGAAGAGUUUGCAGCAGAGAAUGACAAGAGAGAAAAGAUAGCUGAAAAGGAAAGAGAAACAGCAGAGGAUGUAAGAAAAAGAUCUAUGGAAAAACUGGGAGAAACCAAGGCAAGAGAAAAUGCAAAGAAAACAAACAAAUCAAGAAACAGCUCUUUGGAAUAUUUUAAAGAAAAACAUGAUAAAGAGCUUGAUUUAAAGAGGGAAGAAAUGGAGCUAAAGAAAAGGGAGAUGGCAAUGAAAGAAAAGGAAGCAGAAAGGGCAUGGGAAAUUAAAGUUAAAGAACAAGAAAUAAAAAGUAAAGAGAUGGAAGCAAAGAAAAGAGAUGAGGAGUUACGUGCCAGAAAUGAAAGUAAUAUGAUUGCUGCAUUACAACAACAGCUAUAACAGCAACAAGGCAUGUUUAUGCAAAUGCAGCAGCAAAAUAAACUGUUAUUGCAAUUGUUAAAUAACAAUACAAA